AUGGGAAGACAACCAAAAUUGAAAAUGUUCUUAACUUUUGCAAUUCUAUAUGUUUUCUUCAAUGGAGUAUAUGGAAGCUAUUCACAAGAGAUCGAUAUUAUGUUAAAGACUCUUAAUAAACCUACAUUGAAGACGAUCAAAAGCGAAGAUGGAGAUAUAAUAGAUUGUGUGGAUAUCUAUAAACAACCUGCUUUUGAUCAUCCUCUCUUAAAAGAUCAUAAGAUUCAAAUGAAACCGAGUGUUGAAUUUGUUUCGAAGAGGACUAAUAAUAUUGCUAGUAACAGUUCUUCUAAACCGGUUACAUCCCAGAUUUGGACCAAAUCUGGUAGAUGUCCGGUAGGGACAAUACCGGUUCGUAGAGUUAGUAGAGAAGACAUAAGCAGAGCUUCUUCACCAUCUCAGUUUGGAAGAAAAACUCCUCACGUAUACAAUUUUCUCCACAAAGCUAAUCCCAAUUUAACCGCAGAAGCUAACGCUCCCCGCCCGCAAGACCGGUCGGAAGCCAUUCUUCUUGCGGUAGGGUUCAAUUACAUUGGAGCUCAAUCCCAUAUAAAUGUUUGGAACCCCCCAGUAGUUGAGCAUAGCGAUUACAGCGCCGCGCAAAUUUGGUUGAUUGCUGGUCAAACAGAUAUAUAUGAGACCAUUGAAGCUGGUUGGGUGGUGAAUCCACGGCUUUUCGGAGACACCCGCACACGGCUCUUUGCCUACUGGACUACAGAUGGAUAUGGUAAAACAGGAUGCUUCAACCUCUUAUGCUCAGGCUUCGUGCAAAUAAGUACUCAUGUAGCCUUAGGUGCAGCCAUAAACCCCAUUUCGAAAAAAUCAGGAAAACAAUAUUACAUCACCAUUAGCUUCUUCCUGGAUACCAACACCGGGAACUGGUGGAUUUUGGUCGAGGACAUUGUGUUGGGAUACUGGCCAGGGUCACUCUUGAAAGACCUAAGACACAGUGCCACUGCGGUGCAGUGGGGUGGAGAAGUUUACAGCCCUAAGGUUAGAAAUAAGCCACACACUAAAACUUCAAUGGGGAGUGGAGAGUGGGCAUCUAACCUCUAUGGUAAAGCUUGUUACUUCACAAACAUUAAGAUCAUGGACUAUUCCUUACAGCUCAAGUAUCCUCAGAUGCUUUCCGAGUUCUCGGAUGAGUUCAGGUGUUAUUCUACAUUUCUCUACCGAGAGAAAGACAAGUUGGAGCCGAACUUUUACUUUGGAGGGCCUGGCCAGAAUUCUCAAUGUCCUUAA